AUGUCAAAUAAGCAAAUAGAAACAGUCAUACUAGAUGCCGGACCUUUGAUUACUCAACCUGCUACUACAUUGCAACAAUAUGCUAAUAACUUCUUCACAACUCCAGGAGUUUUCUCAGAAUUAAAAGAUGAGACCGUAAGACAACAAUUAACUUUAUGGGGAUCAUCAUUAGAAAUUAAACAACCAAAACAAGAAUAUAUAGAUAAAGUUAUAAAAUUUGCAAAAUUAACUGGUGAUUAUAGUGUUUUAUCAGCAAAUGAUUUACAUAUAAUUGCAUUAGCUUAUGAAUUUGAAAUAUUAAAUGGUGGAAUCUUAAGAAGUUUUCCUGGAGAAAAAUUAGGAAAUGAAGAAGAAAAUGAAAAUUCUGGUGUAUCAACAUCGAAUAAAGAUGAUGAUGGAUUUUCAGUUGUUAAGAAGGGACGUAAAAGAGGUGGGAAAAGACAAAGAGAAAAAAGAGAAGCAGAAUUAAGAAAAUUGCAAGAAGAACAAGCAAAUCAAUCAAGUGAACCUACAAAUGGUGAAAGUAAAGACCAAGAAGGAGAAGAAGAAGCUGAUAUAAGUCUGAAAAACCAAAAUGUGGAAGAAACAAAACCAGAAGAGCCAGAAGAAUCACAACCGAAAAAAUCUCAGCCAGAAGAACCUCAUCCAAAAGAAUCACAACCAAAAUCACAAUCAAAAGAAUCACAACCUGAAAAUACAUCAACUACAGAGCAACAAGAAGUUGAUGAAGAAUUUAAUGAAUCAGAUGAUGAUGGAGACUGGAUAACACCAGAAAAUUUAAAAGAAGAAAUUAGCAAGGAUCAAAAUGAAACAAUUCAAGAUACUCCAAAUUCAGGUCCUACUAUAAAAGUAGCAUUAGCAACAGGAGAUUUUGCAUGUCAAAAUGUAGCAAUGCAAUUGGGUAUCAAAUUAUUGAACACAAUGUCUGGAAAGCAAAUAAAAAGAGUGAGGAAUUAUAUGUACAGAUGUCAUGCAUGUUUCAGAUUAACACCGAUAAACAAAGAUGGUAAGCCAAAGCAUUUCUGUCCGAAAUGUGGUGGAGAUACUUUAAUAAGAUGUGCAGUAUCUGUUGAUAAUAAAACCGGCAAAAUAAUACCCCACUUAAAACAAAAUUUCCAAUGGAUCAAAAGAGGUGAAAAGUAUUCAUUACCUUCACCAUUAAGUAAAAAUCAACAAAAAUUACAAGGUAAAGGAGGUUAUCAACAUAACGUACAAAAUAGACAUAAAUCUCAACAAAAUCCUUUAAUUUUAAGAGAAGAUCAAAAAGAAUAUCAACAAGCUUUAAAAAAUGAUGAAUGGGAAAGAAGACAAAAUGAAAAAUUACUACAAGAUUGGAUUGGAGGUGGUAGUGCUGAUAAUUAUGUAAGUCCAUUUGGUACUGUAAAUACAAUUAGACCUUCAGGUGUAAAAGUUGGUAAAGGUCGUUAUGUUAAUUCAUCAAAGGGUAAAAAAUAA